GCUUUACCUGUGUGGGUUUUCACCUGGUCAACAGUUACUAAACAGUUACUGACAAACUAUUCCAUUCCGGAUAUACAUUGUGUUGACAGUUCCAGCUUGCAUGCUGUAUGGACAUAUAUUUUAAUUAUUCGAAUGUUUUGGAUUAAGAGUUUAUCAACGCCUUUCUCAGAUAAUUCGCCUGCGGAUAUUUUAUGUGGUUAACAAAAUAUGUAUUCUGUUAUUCAUUGGAACAUAACUUCGAAAGAUUGGUUGAAAAGUAAGAUAUAACAGUUAAUCAGCUGAUCAUUUGAAAUUUAAGCUGUAUGAACUAUUAACUGUAGUACUGUACGGCCUAAAUUUGAGGAAUAUAUUUUUGUUCGAUCAUUUAUUUCCUCUGUUACAAUGUAUGUGAUUAGGUAAAUUUAAUGACACUUUAAUAUUACAAACGAAGUUUGCGAUAAAAAAAAAAAUAUAUAUAUAUAUAUAUAUAUAUACAAAUAAAUAUAUAUAAAUAACCUUUGAAUAACCCAACAAUAAUUAUCUGUGAAUAUAUCGGAGGUUUUUGUUUUGAGAGACUCGUGGUUUUGUAUUGUGAACAGAAAUUAAACAGAUUUUUUUUUAAUGACACUUCGGUAGUACAAAGAAUGUGAUUGCAAAAAAUACGAUGAAACCUAACACUUUGUUUUUACAAUCAAACCGUGAAUAUAUCAGCUCUUUUGUUCAAAGACACCUUAGCUUCGUAUUUUGAACAGAUAUUUGUAGGAGUUUAUUUUCUCAAACAACAAUUUUCGUUGUUUACGCUCAUGUAACGAUGAUGACAAAACAGCGGCGAUCUUUUCAAGCGGAGUGUUUUUGUGUAUCGCGUUUCACGGUGUGAUAUAAAUAUUAUUAACUAGCUGGACGUGUCAUACAUGAUACGACUAUUGGCGAUAUCGGAUUAAGUUAUAAAGUAUUACCGAAAGACGAUUACGGAACACUGGGAGAAUAAUGGAGACGUACGUGCAGAGAAAUUACGGCGAGAAAAAACACAGUGGCUGUCAGAAAUCGUAUCCGUUCUGGGAUUACAGAUCUCGAAGAGGCAGUAUAACGACGUCGUCGUCGUCACAUGAUGGCAGCAGUAUCUCUUCCAUGAGUUCGACGCGGUCGGAGACGGAAAGUGAAAACGCUAGUCUGUCCGGCUCCGACACGGACUCCCUGUCCCAGAACGACCCCAACCGAAUCUCCAUCCAGUUCUUCGCGGACACGCACGAGAUCUUGCCGCUCUUCGACCUAUUCCAGCCGAUCGUCAACUGGAUCGAUCCCGACAUGCACCUCUUCAAGAUCACCGAGCGAGAGUCUCGCUGCAGCCGAGAGCGAGGCGACAGCACGACGGACCCGGAUGUGAUUCCGAGCCUCGCUGUGAUCGUGUUCCUCCACGAGGAAGGCAUGCUGGGGUGUGAGAGGAUCCAGUCAGCCAGACAUCAUUUCGAGAAAUGCCCGUGGAAGUUUCACCACUCGGAACAUUUGAAGAACGGCACGCUCAAUCCUUAUCCUUAUAACUCUCAAGAGUUCUACUACACGUCCGAUGAUCUCCCCCUGUGGGCCGUUAGACAGGUGCAUUAUGGGAAGGAGCAUAUCAGAAUUGUGAUAUACGCCAGUGCAGAGAAUUGGGAUGAUACUUUGGAGUUUUACAAGCUGAUUCUUGGAACCAAUGCAGAUCUGCAGAGAUCGGACUUCUGUAUGUUUGUGGUCCACACACAGAUUCACUACGAUGUUCAGUUUGCGCUGAAGAGACUUCCUAACGGGAACAAACCGAAACUCCUCGAUUCUGUUACGCUGCAGUUUAAAGUCUCGGACGUCGGCCAUAUUGUUCCACUGUUUCCAAACAUCUGUCAACCUAUCUCAGAUAACAGGUGGCAGACGACGGACCAUGAUGGGAAUUCGGUGUUGCUGGAAGUCGUGGGCAAUCCAACGAUGUCAACGUUUGACAAACUGUCUCCAGCGAUCUCUCUGACCUUUGAGAAAACGCCACCUCCGAUUCCUCCAAAACCAUUCAAGAAUAAACAUCAACAACAACGGCAACAACAACAACAACAACAACAGAGUUUCUUCGUAUAACACACUAUACAUGUAAACAAACUGACCUGAGUACUGUAAAGCAAAAGCAGUACAUAUAAUUGUACAGACAUUGUACAAAAAUGCAUUUUAAUAUGUUCAUAUUAUACUGGAAUCAUUUGUCGGAUAUUACGAACAUCUCACAUCUCAAGUAUUAAGUACAUCUCAUGUUUAGGGUAUUAUAACGGUCUCACGUUUCGGGUAUUACGAACAUCUCACAUCUCAAGUAUUAUGGACGUCUCAUCUUUAGGGUAUUACAAAGAUCUUACGUUUCAGAUAUUAUGAAAAUCUCACUAUUAGACUACUGUGAACGUGUUAUUGCAAAGAGAGCAUCACAGCCGUUGAAACAACAGCAUCACAGAUGUGGGAUCAAACGUGAGAUAGCUGUGAGAUCAAGAGUGUGACAGCUAAAGGAACAAACGUGAGACUAACGUGAUCCACGGGAAAGAUACAUAAUUCACGUGAGAGGUGUCAGUUGUAGCUUCCGUAUACUAUAUGUUCUCAUAUGUAGAACGGAAUUUCAAUAUUGUGUUCAAACAUUAGUUAGUGCAGUUGGAUAGUGUUGUUAUGAGCUGACAUCAUCAUGUUGCCAUCAUGGUGUGAUAUGUUUAAUGUAACUUAUUUAUGAGACUGUUGUAAGGUUUGUUAUUUAGAAGACAAAUACUAUGAUAUAAGCACCAAGACCAACGGCCUUGGAUCUUAAAUGGAACUUCAGAAGUGAAUACACUGGCUAUACAACAAUAAUGGCAUAUUCUUUUGCAUUUAUUAGUCUGAUUUUCAUUCUAAAAUAUGGUGUAGAAGAAGUAACCAGGAGAAGAUCCAAAAUAGCAGUUGUGUUAUGAAAUCACCCCCAACCCCCGACCACCUUCAGAAUUGUCUUCAGUAGAUCUUCAAGGCUAUUCUGGCACAAUUAUUCUUUUAAUUUUAUGUCCAUUUUUAUUUUAUGUGAAACCAUGUUCAGUUUCAUAUUUAAUUACAUUUACAUAUAUGUAAAGUACAUGUUGUAUAUUGGUACGUAUUAACAUAUUCUUUUAUCCCGUCCAGGAGAUUAAAAAACCCAACUCAUUUCCACCUACAAAAAGGAGAUGAUAGUCGAAGAAUAAUGAAUCUAGAAGUGAAUUAUAUCAUAUUUAACAUCAUUUAAAUUUUAAAGCUGCAACCCCGCUAUUGUUUUAACGAAGAAAGGAAGGAAAGAAGGAAAUAAUAUUUUAUUUAAAGACUAACUCAACACAUUUCUAUUACGGUUAUAUGACGUCAGACAUAUGAUUAAGGACCACACCGAUAAUGAGAGAGGAAACCCACUGACACCACGCAGUUGACUACUUUCUAUUAGUAGCAAGGGGUAUUUUAUAUAUCGCAUCCCACAGACACGAUAGUACAUAUCACGGCCUUUGUUACACGUUGUGGAGCACUGGCUAGAACGAGAAAUAGACCAAUGAGCCCACUAACGGGGAUCGAUCCUAGACCGACAGCGCACUAGGCAAGCGCUUUACCUACUGGGUCAUGUCCCGCCCUUUGUUUUAACGAAUUUGCAUGUUUUCAACUGAGGCAUG